AUGCCACCAAAACGCGUCCAAUUGAAUCGGAACUCUCUGGAACAGGAGGGUAGAAUCUUGCUUGCCAUUGAAGUAAUUAAGAAGAAAGAAAUACCCUCUAUUCGUGAAGCUGCACGUCGAUUUAGUAUACCUGAGAUAACUCUAUGCCGCCGCCGAUUGGGUGAUCGAAACCGCACAGAAAUACGCGCAAAUUGUCAUAAAUUGACUGAAAAUGAAGAGAAUUCUCUUGUUAAAUGGGUGCUUGAUAUGGAUACUCGUGGAGUAGCUCCUCGGCUGGCUACUGUUGGAGAAAUGGCUAAUAUUCUACUUGCAACACACAGUGAUAUUCUUUCUCAAAUAGUUGGAAAAAAUUGGGUCACAAAUUUUGUUAAAAGACAGCCAGAGCUUACUAUAUGA